UUGGCCGAUUCAAAGCGGGGUGGACCGGUGCGGCAUUUGCCUGGGGGUGACCGUCGCAGUCUUCGCAGACGCACGGCGGCCUUGGCAUUUCGUGGGGGGAGGAAAACGCAUCGAAGGAGAAGGUGGGCGAGGGAAAACACGCAAUCUGGGGUGCUCUUCACGAGAAUGGGAGAAAUAUUAACCCAGCCGUUAAUCCCCCUCCCCUCGCCUCCGACCGAAGCCAAGUUCGCGACAGUGUUUGUUGACACAACUUUCGUCGUUGCGUGAACCCGCAGACUUGAGUGCGCUCAGUAAAAGGGUGAAGAAGAAGAAGUAGCGGCUGAGGCUUGGUGCAGAGAUAGACCUUGGCUUGAAGCUGUCACCGAAUUCUUGACCUAUGGCCAAACUCUGCUGCAGUCUGCCGACACUUCCUUCCAAAGCGUGCGGCCGCGGACGCUUCGCUCGGCAGGGAGGGGCCGAUUGCAGCACGGGUGGCGGCGGUGCCAGGCUAGGGUCAUCGAGGAAAAUGCGAGUAGAAGACGCGAGCGCGGUGUACAUCGGCUGGCAGGAGGGCGACAUGGAGUCCGUGUGCGGGACGCAGCAAAACUCGCGGCCCGGCACGCCGCAGGACCAUUGCACCCGGGCAUCGUUCCUGCCACGCUGGGACCAACACCACCACCACCAUCACCACCAAGACGACAACAACCAGCGCCAGGAGGGAGCCCCCACGCAAGGCUGGUGGCCCAGGUGGUGGCUCAGACCCGUGCCACGGCAGGAGGAGAUCGAAGUGUCCAUUCUGCCAGAGAGCCGUCCCCUUCAUGCCCUGACGCAGGCGAUGGGCUCGGAGCGGGUGGAAUCACGGCGGUGGCCGGCCUCGCAAGGCGACGGCUCGCCUGGGGGAGUGCGCUCCCCAGGCCCGCGUGCGCCCAACGCCUGCUGCUUCUGCUGGUGCUGCUGCUGCAGCUGCUCAUGGUACGUCCUCCGGUCUCUUUGGUUCGAAAUCCGCCGCCUGCGUGACAGCCUGACGGUUAGAAACCAUGAAGGGGCGGGCAGUAGAAGACGCUCAUCACACGAGAGUAAACUGGAAAGCAUUCAAAGCCCCGAAGAGAGUGGAAAGCUGUCGCUGGAGGAGGUCACAUCGUGGAACCAGUGUUUUGAACGACUCAUGCACAGUGCAGCGGGGCGUGCCGUGUUCAGAGAGUUUCUCCGAACGGAGUUCAGCGAGGAGAACCUGCUCUUCUGGCUCGCCUGUGAAGACCUCAAGAAGGAGGAGAACAAGAACGUUGUAGAGGAGAAGGCCAGGACAAUAUACGAAGACUACAUUUCCAUCCUCUCGCCCAAAGAGGUCAGCCUGGACUCGCGGGUGCGAGAGGUCAUCAACAGGAACAUGGUGGAGCCCUCGGCGCACACGUUCGACGACGCACAACUGCAGAUCUACACGCUCAUGCACCGAGACUCGUACCCGCGCUUCCUCGGCUCGUCCGUCUACUCGGCGCUCUUGCAGAGUCUCUCCAGCUCUUCCUCCAACACAUAGCACGUGGCCUGCGUCAGCACUUCAUCAGCCGCCGUCGUCGUCGUCGUCGUCACGAGAGAUGUAUUUGCCUGCCUACUUGGCGUCUACCACAAACUUACCCGAGGUCUUUGGGACCUGUUUGUACCUCAGUUUGGACUCGAUGUUGAUGCUUCACUUCGUAGGGUUUUUUUUUUUGGAAUGAUCACAGAUUUUUAUGAAUAUCUCUAACUUGGGCACUUGUAGAACUUGUAAACAGUGUGGAGAACUUUUGUGCGUUGCAUAAGAAAAGAAAACGACACCUUCCAAUCAUUUACACUUUGUUUUUCAUCCACAUGUUUUUCUUUUUUACGUGGAUUUUUUGAGGCAUCUUGCAAUAUGAAAAUAAUGUUCAAGACAAUUACUUGCUUGGCCUAUACAAACUGUCCAACAUUUUAAACUUUUUAACAUUUAGAUUAUCAAGGGGGCCUUAGACAGGUUAUGUACAUAGUUGGACAGAAAGUCUGUCUUGUUAUUUGCUGUUGCCAGUUUACUAAAUGUAUGUAUGGCACAAUUCAUUUGCACCAUAUAAUACUUGAGGGUGAUGUAUCAGUUACUUACAUGAUUAAUAGUCUUUAUAUUUAAAUAAGCGGUCCACAUUAUCACGUAAUAAUAAUGUAACACACACACUUGCUUCUAUACAGUAUUUUGAAUUGCCAAUUUAAGCUUUAUUUUAGCCACUAUUGUCGACUUGUGUUUUGUGGGGUUUUUUUGUACUUGAUCUGAAAAAUCCAGGUCUUAUUUAUUUCGAAGUUCUUGAACAAGUUAUUUGUGUUUCAAGAAAAUGUUGAACACGUAGGCUGAGUGACCAGUUGAUUAAACUGCUGCCAUUUUGCUUGGGCUUUAAGAGUGCCUGAUGACACCCCCCUCACUUCAUGCAUUGCCAAUAAAUAAGAAAAAAAUGAUAUUUUCAAAGUUCAGUUUUUAUUUUAUGUAGUGUGCUAAAAUGAGCCAAAACAAAAAAAAAUGUUGUUACAAAAUGGAAUGUUUAAACAUGUCGAAUAUUGGCGUUUUCCUUUUAUGAAGAUUUUUUUUAAACGGUUACUGUGAAAUGUUAUUUAUAUGAGUACUGGUCUACGGUAAAAUAGUAUCUGUCAAUGUGCUGUGGUAUGUAUGCCUUUUUAAAUGUAAGUAACGAGACAGCUGCUAGGAUUGGGAACCCAUUGGAACCCCACACUACAAGUACAAACUCAUAAAGCUUGAAAGCAAUUGCUAUUGAAAUAGGGGGCAAUGCCCCCCCCCCCCCCCCCCC